AUGCAAGUUCGAACCCUGUCAAAAGGGACAAUCUAUCUAUCUAUCUAUCUAUCUAUCUAUCUAUCUAUCUAUCUAUCUAAGUCUGUUCCUAUCUAUCUAUCUAUCUAUCUAUCUAUCUAUCUAUCUAUGUCUGUUCCUAUCUAUCUAUCUAUCUAUCUAUCUAUCUAUCUAUCUAUCUAUCUCUGGUCGAAAAAUAGGGCUUCCCCAAUCCAUCAAUGGAGUGGACAAGCCCGCAGGCAAAUUUAUCUAUCUAUCUAUCUAUCUAUCUAUAUAUAUGGGGGUUUUCUUCCCAGCCUUCUGAUUCUGAUUUCCCAUAAUCUUUCCUUCUUUUUUUUCUCUAUUUCUCAUUUUGACUUCCCUCUCUUUCUCGAUCAAAUGUUACUUUUUGGUUUCCUUUUCAUCUCUUUUGAAAUUGCUUUUUUUUUCUUCUUUUCCUCUUCUGUUCUGUUUUCAACCCCUCUAUAUCCGCUCGUCUUUCUCGACCUUUCCACUUUCUUUUCUUUUCUUUCUCUUCUUUCAACUUACCAUUUUUGGCACGCCUCUUUCUUUCUUUUAAUCCUUAGUCUUUCUUUCUUCCUUCUUUUUUUAUUUUCUUCCAUCUCUUUCUUUCCUUUCUUUUCUUUAUUCUUUUAUCACUUUUUGUUUGCUUUUUUAUUCUAUUUUGUCAUACAUCUUUCUCUUUCUCUUCUGAUUUCUCUCUAUCGGCGCUGCACAAUCUUGUCCACAUACAUAGCAUCUUUCCUUUUCACCUCUCUCUAUCGAUCUCGCUUUCUCACUCGCUUUCUCUCUCUCUCUGUCUCUCCCUAG